AUGGCGGCGCAGAGGAUCCGGGCGGCCAACUUGGGCGGCCUGCCACGGUGCAAGUCAGAGGGGACGCUCAUCGACCUCAGCGAGGGCUUCGCUGAGACCAGCCUCUGCGACGUCAAAGUGCCUUCUCCUAGUGCCUUGCUGGUUGACAAUCCCACGUCCUUUGGAAAUGCGAAGGAAGUAAUAGCAAUCAAAGAUUACUGUCCAACUAAUUUCACCACUUUGAAGUUCUCCAAGGGGGACCACCUUUAUGUCUUAGAUACAUCAGGAGGUGAGUGGUGGUACGCUCACAACACCACAGAAAUGGGUUACAUCCCUUCCUCCUAUGUCCAGCCUGUAAACUACCGCAACUCUUCCUUAACGGACAGCGGGAUGAUAGACAAUCUACUGGAGAGCCCCGACGAGGGGGUCAAGGAGUUAGACCUGCUUGGAGAAUGGACUGACAUGAAAAGAAACUCUGUGAAAACCUACAAUAACAACCCAUUCUUGAAUGGAGUCCAGACAAACCCAUUUCUGAAUGGAAAUUUGCAAACAGUGCCCAGCUCGGACAAAGAGUCCAACCCCAACGUCGCCGUUGACUUGCUGCUCUUUGACACAGGGGCUCCUACUUCAGCUGUUUCCAGUUCGGCCACUAAUAGCAGCCUGGGUAACAUUUUUGAUGAGUUUCCAUCCACAAACAGGCUAGAUCUGGAACAGCCUGUGAAAAGGGACAAUCCCUUCUUCAGAAGUAAACGUUCCUACAGUUUGUCUGAACUGUCUGUUCUUCAAGCCAAGUCGGAUGUUCCAGCAUCAUCGGGUUUCUUCAGUGGUUUGAAGUCGCCCACCCCUGAACAGUUCCAGAGCCGGGAAGAUUUUAGGACGGCGUGGCUGAACCACAGGAAGCUGGCUCGGUCUUGCCAUGACUUGGAUUUGCUUGGUCAAAAUCCUGGCUGGGGUCAGACACAACCAGUGGAGACGAACAUUGUCUGCAAGCUGGAUAGCUCUGGUGGAGCUGUUCAGCUUCCAGACACCAACAUCAGCAUCCAUGUGCCAGAGGGUCAUGUGUGCCCUGGGGAGACUCAGCAGAUCUCCAUGAAAGCGAUGCUGGAUCCGCCACUGGAGCUAAACAGUGACAAGUGCAGCACCAUCAGCCCGGUCCUGCAGAUCAAACUCAGUAACAUGGAGGUGAAAACCUUCAUCAUUCUGGAGAUGAAGGUUUCAGCAGAGGUCAAGAAUGACAUCAUGAGCAAGAGUUUGGUAGGACUGCAGUGCUUGCGGAGUGACAUGAAAGAGGGGCCAUACACGCCAAUGCAGCUGAGCUAUUUGUAUGGGGACACGAUCCAGGUGCAGCUGGAGAACCUGGAGCCUUGCAUGUACAUCGCGGCCGUAGCCCAGGGACAGAAUAUCCUCUACCCUUACACUGUUUGGGAUUACAUCAGCAAGAAGAUCACGGUUGGCGUCUAUGGCCCAAAACACAUUCAUCCUUCCUUUAAAACUGUCGUGGCCAUGUUUGGGCACGAAUGUGCGCCCAAGACUCUCCUGGUGAACGAGGUCAUGAGACAGUCCCAUAGCCCUGCUCCUGUUGCCCUCCAGCUCUGGGGUAAGCAUCAGUUUGCUCUGUCCCGGCCUCAGGACCUCAAGCUCUGCAUGUUCUCCAAUAUGACCAACUACGAGGUGAAAGCUAGUGAGCAAGCCAAAAUUGUGCGUGGCUUCCAGAUGAAGUUGGGCAAGGUCAGCCGCCUUAUCUUCCCCAUUGCGUCCCAUGACCCCAACGAGCUCUCAGACUUCACGCUAAGGAUACAGGUCAAAGAUGACAAGGAUGCCAUUUUGACCCAAUUCUGCGUCCAGACACCGCAGCCACCUCCGAAAAGUGCCAUCAAACCAAUGGGGCAGAGGCGGUUCCUUAAGAAGAACGAGGUCGGAAAGAUCAUCCUUUCACCUCUGGCUGCCACUGCCAAGUAUCCAGUUUUUCAGGACCGACCGGUGUUGAGCUUGAAGUACGGCAAGCUGCUGAAGACAGUGGUGCGGCAAAGCAAGAACCACUAUUUGCUGGAGUACAAGAAAGGAGAUGUCAUAGCCCUCCUCAGUGAGGAGAAGAUCAAGUUGAAAGGGCAGCUGUGGACCAAGGAGUGGUAUAUUGGCUACUACCAGGGAAAAAUAGGCCUUGUGCACACCAAAAAUGUGCUGGUGGUUGGGAAGGUCAAGCCCAGCUACUUCUCUGGGCCAGAUCUCACUACCAGCCUGUUGCUUGAGCAGAUCCUGAGGCCCUGCAAGUUCCUGACCUACAUCUAUGCCUCCGUGAGGACUCUGCUCAUGGAGAACCUCAGCAGCUGGCGGUCCUUUGCUGAUGCGCUGGGCUAUUUGAACUUGCCACUCACGUUCUUCUGCCGAGCGGAGUUGGACAGUGAGCCGGAGCGAGUGGCCUCUGUCCUGGAGAAGUUGAAGGAAGACUGCAACAACACUGAGAACAAGGAGAGGAAAUCUUUCCAGAAGGAGCUGAUGACGGCUCUGCUGAAAAUGGACUGCCAGGGGCUGGUUGUCCGGCUCAUCCAGGACUUCGUGCUGCUGACCACAGCCGUGGAGGUGGCCCAGCGCUGGAGGGAGCUUGCCGAGAAGCUCGCCAAGGUCUCCAAGCAGCAGAUGGAUGCUUAUGAGGCCCCGCACCGGGACAAGAUGGGGGCGGUGGACAGCGAGGCCAUGUGGAAGCCAGCAUAUGACUUCCUUCUCACCUGGAGCAGUCAGAUGGGCGACAGCUACCGUGAUGUGAUCCAGGAGCUUCACACCGGGCUGGACAAGAUGAAGAACCCCAUCACCAAACGCUGGAAGCAUCUCACCGGCACCCUGAUCCUUGUCAACUCCUUGGACAUGCUGCGGGCAGCUGCUUUCAGCCCACAAGACCAUGAGGAUUUUGCCAUCUAG